GAGGAAGUUUCGAGAAAUGGAUGGAUGAAAGUUCUGGGUUUCAUCCUCCUGCACCGGAUGGUGCAGAGGGUUGACACGAAGGCUGUGGGUGUUGCAGACACGCUGCUGUGGUUGGGAAGCCAUGGCGGACGUCGAACGUUGUCCAGAAUAAAAGUUACCCGUCCCAUUGUUGCUGCGUUGGAGUGAGAACUCAUAUCGCCAUAGCCCUCAGGACUCUCUCUCAUCGUCUCACAGCCCCGAAGCAACUGUUUCUCUUUCGGGCAAGAGUGAUUGUAUUCUCGUCACUACGCACCUCUCCCUCACCGCUUCUCCCGUGACUCUUUGUUCUGUCCUUCGAGCCGUUGUUUGCUUCGUUCCAGAGCUGUCUCAGGGAGUCUUCAUUCAUUCUGGAAUAUUUGCGUAGAAGCGUUCUCGAGGAAGCUCUAGAAGUUUCUUCUGCUGCUGCUGUUUGCCGCUGCUUCCGAGAAUUCUUUUCGCAGGAGCGGUUAUUCGUUCCGAAAGAACACUGAUUUUGGUCUUGCAUGGUUGGAUGAUGCCUUUGACGGCGACUUUAUCCGCAGGAAUGAGUUGCUGCAGGUGUUGAUGGCGAUGAUGCUGUAAUAUAAUGGAUUGAGAGUUGUUGAAUGUAAACAUCAAACCUUCGUUCUUUGAUUUUCCGUGACGCACGAGCGGGUCAAGAAGAAAUUGUUUAUGACAUCUGAUCUAUCAGGGCACAUGCUCGGACCCAAGUGUUGCCGCGUUUCUGCAAUCUGGAAGCCCCCUUGCAUUCGAUCAUUUGUACAUUGCGAGGGAAUUUCAUCGCACACUCAGAGAACCCAUUCACUUCAGUCAGUAAAAGUGGCGCUCCCUCCGCUACAUCCCUCUAGUCCCCGAGCCCACAGUUUCAAACUGGUGACACGGGCGCCUGCCACUGCAUCUUUGUCAAGAGCAUUUCGGAGGUCGGGUAAAGGGAGCAACUCACGUCAAGAUGUAUCUUUACUAACUAAUCAAGAGACUUGUGGUCACAUGUCUCCCUGUACUAGUAUGACAAGUUUUCAUAAUCAUGCAAGUUCUUGCAUAUUGGCAGCUGAUGGGAAGGUGGGUGCAACCAUUUGGCAUGCACUUCUUCCCGCAAGACACUUGGCACCCUUAGAAAGUGAUUUCAGUAUGACGUCGAUCCGAUCAUUAUCAGUCGGAAGAUGUGGAAUCGACUCCGUUGCAAGUAUGAUGCUUGGGAGUUCUGAUUCUAAUUUGGUUGACAAUUCUUCGAAGCCUUUGAGCAGAUUGAGACCUGGUGGACUUCCGUUGGAUAACGUUGCCCUCCCAAAGCUGAGCAGUCUGAAUGUCAGGACUGCUAUGGCUGGAUGUCUGAGCGAAGGGUCGUGGAAUGCAGCUUGGGAUGCUCGCCCGGCUCGUUGGUUACACGGCCGUCACUCAGCUUGGCUUCUCUUCGGUGUCUGCGCUUGCUUUUCCGCAGCCUCUGUACCAUUCAUUACUCCUGAAUCUUCUCCUGUUCUCACUGAAGCGGGUGUAGAUAAUUUACUUCCACCACCAGCUCUUUUAAAGCCUGAUAAUCAAUCCGCGGAGUCUACUUCUGUGACCCCUCUAAGUGAACAAUCUGGACAUGGAAAGGAAAUCAUUACAGAUUACACUGUCACUGGAAUCCCAGGAGAUGGGCGAUGUUUGUUCCGUGCUGUUGCACACGGCUUAUGCUUGCGGCGCGGGAGGGAUGCUCCAGAUGAGACCACUCAACGGCAGCUUGCCGAUGAACUGCGCUGCAGCGUUGCUGAUGAGCUUAUCAAGAGAAGAGACUCAACUGAGUGGUUUAUCGAGGGAGAUUUUGACCAGUACGUAGAACGAAUGCGCCAGACCCAUGUGUGGGGUGGUGAACCCGAGCUUCUCAUGCUUUCCCACGUACUCGAAAUGCCGAUUACGGUGUACAUGAUUGAAGAGAAAACCAAAAGCGGUCUAAUUUCCAUAGCCGAAUAUGGCCAGGAACACAGCAAGACCGAUCCGAUUCAGGUCCUCUAUCAUGGAUUUGGUCACUACGAGGCCCUGCAGAUUCCAAGUAACAAAGCAAACUCAAAAUUGUAGACAGUUGAACAUAUGAAGGCACUUCUUGCAAUUCCAAUCACGAUUGAGGUUAAAAUGUUGAGCUAAAUUGACACGGUAUUUUCCACCGACGAGUUCAGUUGAUUCAAUUACAGUGAAGAGGCCCAAGUUGGGCAAUAAUCAUUCUUUCAUUUAUAAUAAAAAUGCGAGGCUGGCAUGAAAGUCAAUACGUCAUGAUUUGUACUGAGAAAGUAUGUCGAUUUUUGAGACAUGCAUUAAUCAUGGCGUCAAGAUACACAGGCACCAUUUGUUUCGUUGCUGAGGACAGGAAAGAGCCACCAGAGGUUUAUUUCACUUAGAACAGUGUGCGGUUAUGGAGAAGAGGUUGCGUACUGAGUAGCAUCUGGUGUCGAUGGUCGUUA